CAUCACAUUGAUUUCCUCUCUUUUAGUAUAUAUUAUACUAGUCUUAUAUGCACGCGAUGCGUGCGAAUAUAAGAAACAAAUUUGUGUUAUUACAUUUAAACCUAAAAUAACAUGUAAACAUAUAAUAUAAAUGUGAUGCGUGCGAAUAUAAGAAACAAAUAAGUUAGAUAGAGCCGAACGCAUAUAAACAGAUUGAUUAAAAUGGUAAGAAUUUAUUUAAGAGGAUAGAUUGAUUAAAAUGCUCUUAUGGGAUUUCCUAUUGCGUUGGUUGUCAUUAUAUUCCCUAUUCUAUAAGAGGAUAUUUUAGUAAUCCAAAGGGACACCAAAAGUAGAUUUAGUAGAAUAACCCCAACUAUUCACUUAUAUAAUACUAGUCUUAUAUACACGCGAUGCAUGCCAGAGUAUUUAAAAAUUGUGGUAUCACAUCAAAUAGCCUCACAUACUCCGUCCAUCUUAAUUUAAUCGCCGUAAUAGAAUUUUCACCAAAUUUUCUACGAAGUUAUUUUUUUCGACGGAGUUUAAUUGAAUGGCAGAGAAGAUAAGACCCUAACUUUUGGUAACAUUUGUUUCACUUUUUUUGUCAUCUACAUUUAAUAUGAGAGAUUAUUGUAUUAUUUGAAUUAGACAUUCCUAAUUUAUUCAUUACAUUAAAUAAUUAUUUUUUCAUUUAAUAUAAUUUGAUUCAUAUGAUUGUGAAUGAGGACAUAAUGAUCUAUUUUAUACGGGACAUAAAAAAUAUAUUCCCUCCGUCUCUUUUUGUUCUUUACGUUUAAUAUUUUUCACGUGUUUUAUCGAUUAAUUAAUGUGUGUUGAGAUUCCUCUAGUUUUUUAUUUAAACAAGACAAAUUACGUUUAUUUAUAAUAUUUCCACUUUUAUCAAAAUUCUGAUAUUGAGAAUUUGAGAAAUAUUUAAUGUCCUAAUGAAAAGUGUGAGAGAUUAAAUAUCUUAAUGAAUUUAAUUAGUUAAAAUGAUUACUGGACACAGAUUUUAAUAGAAUUUAUGACAUUUGUGUGAUAAUAUAAAAGAAAUUAAUGUAAAGAGAAUUUUGAAACACCCAACAAGAAAACGCAAAGAACAAAGAGACGAGGAAAGAGUAAUUAUUGAUUUAACCUCGUGAGUUCGUGAGUUUCCUUAUGUAAUGUAAUAGAGAUAGAUGCAUAUUCCGCCGGAGUAUUUGAUUAUUUGGUAAGGUUAUGCUCGAAAAGGAGAAGGAAAACCCCCAAUGAAUUUCCGGGUCGGUGAAGCAAGAACCAGCCACCACAACUUUUGUAGCAGCACCGGCUAACCUAUUACCCGGCGACCUCAGCUUCGCCGAGACUGCAGACGGCGUCGAAAACCAAGCGGCGAUUGCAAGGCUUCUCCCACAGCUCUGCUAUUAAUCCAAAUUAGAUAGUUUUGUUGUAAAUUGCGAGCGGGAAUCGGAAAACGAGGCAAGUGUGGGGGUUUGCGAAAAUCUCAUUCGAUAAGGAAUCUUGCCAUCUUGGAAUGGGAAUCAGCAAAACUGAGAUAAAUCUGAGAAGGUUAAUUGCCGCUGCACCUCAACAGAAAAAUCAGGCGAAAUUAAUUCAUUAUGUGGUUACUUUGCGCGAAUUGUUGGAACAGCUAACUGAAGAGACCAUUCCGGAAGGCUUGCCCAGGGUCUCAAAAGCUAAAUUAAAUGACUACUCUGAGAAGAUUGAAACUAUUGCAUCCAAAUUAGUUCCCCCUGUGGAAAUGUUUGAAGAGAUUUCCACUGAGGCAACCCCUCAAAUACUCGAAGAGGUAAAAGUUGCGUCGCCACCAGGACUAAGAAAGAGACCAGUUCCAUCCUCGUUUGUUGAGGACAGAUCACGUGAUAAUGCGGGAACUGAUUCCUCACCACUUAUCAAAUUAGAUGCUGCUGCAAAUUCACAUAUAGAGAAGCACAGAAAGCUUCAAGAAGACUUGACAGAUGAGAUGGUGGGAAUGGCACGGCAACUAAAAGAAAGCAGUCUCUUAAUGAGUCAGUCAGUGAAAAAUGCUGGGAAGGUACUUGAUUCAACUGAAACGGCAGUUGAGCAUAGCUUGGCAAGCACUAGUCACGCUAAUGUAAGGGCAAUUCAUAUUUUUUCACAGAGCUCGAAGACUUCAUGUUUUACGUGGCUUCUUAUGUUUGUUAUGCUAAUGGUCUUCAUGAUGGUGGUUUUCCUUGUUCGUAUUACCUGAUUUUCUUACUCGGGCAGUUAAAACUCAUAACAAGGUGAUAUUUUAAUUUUUUUUAAUUUUUUCAGAACAAAAAGGCGGUAAUGUUACACUGUAAACAUACUUCGCAAUAAUUACAAGGUGAUAAUUGAAUUAGGUGUAAUUAUUUUGUUUUUUGGGAUCAUAUAAUAAUGUAAUUAGCAAGUUCCUGGUCCCUAUGUUGGGCUAUGAUUGUUGUAAUGUAAUUAACUUGCGACUUUUCUUCCUAAACUAAGGACAUGAGAAGGUAUUGACUUUC